UAUUGGACAACAAACCACAACAACGUCUGAUCAUGAUCCAAAAGUUCGCCAAUCCGCAUCUCCAGGCUCAAGACUUUGAGAUUGUGUCUCGAGCACAGCGAAGGGCUGAUGUGGACGACAUCACGGACGCGGACGGUACAUCUGAUGUCGAGGUCACGACCUCAAAGCGCAAGCUGCACACGCUCCUUUUCUCAGAGUUUGGACAGUGCCUAUCAACUGCUUCUGGCCAUGUUCCCAGGACUAAGAAGCAAUGUAAUGAGAACGAGACAACACCGCCGGAUAUACAGGAUGGUCUAAUAUCGUUUCGCCUGCUUUCCAGUACUGCACCCCCAAGGAUUAUAUCAACUAUCCCGAAACCUCCGCCCCGGCCAAAAACAAGGCCACCUGAUUGCGAAGACAAUAUCAUUCAGGCUGACGAACGGAUGAAACGCGCCCAGUCUGUAGCCGUGGACUUUGCAUGGCUAGGCGCAUCGUCGCAAAAGUACUCCAAGCCAUCUGUGAAAGACAAUCAGAAGGUCGUUCGCAUGAGAGGCGAUUUACCAGUUCCUCACCCUGCGGUGAUGGUCACCGAAUGCCAUCGACACCGAACAGCGCGCAGGCAGACACUGAGACCACCGAUACUCGAUGCCAUCGAUUCUCCGCAUUCAUUGCGGGCGACUUGCAUCGUUUUACCCACUGGUCUUCCCGAGGAUUCGCACCACAAGACACGCGCCAAAGCAGUCACGAAGAAGCCAUCUUUCGAGCGUCCACCCCCUGCAUAUUGGAGGCCAGAUUCUCAUCAACGGGGGAAAUGCGUGGGCUAUGCACUGGGCUAUCCUGGAAGUUGGAGUGUUCGUUAUGAGGGCGAUCCGAGGAAACGAUGGUAUGUGAGAGAUACAAUGCGGAAAGCGGCUUUCAGCACGUAGAAUUCUGUUUCUGUUGAACGUGUAACCGCAAUUGAGGCAACUUCGAGGGACCGGGCAGCAUAUUCAAGGUUCGGUA